ACUUUGUUGUCUUGGAUUUGCUUUCCAGAAGCAUGCGAGGCUGAUUCUCGUCCUCCUCUUUUUAUUUCUUUGGGGCUUCGAGUCUUGAAAGAACGGUUUUUGUGGACAUCGACGCGUUCGGGGAAGGUCGAGGUGCGUCGCGUAGUGGUGAGCGUGAUGGGGUUAGGAUAAAGAGCAAGGGCUUGAAGAUUUCUAUGGUUUCCGUUGUCGGUUUGGGGGGAGAAAAUGUUGACGUUAGGGUUUGGUGGUGCGAGCUAUGAUAUCCGGUACCUGAUUGAGUUGGUUUAACGGCGUUGUCGUUUGGUGGUCUCAAUCCAUGAGGCGAAGCGUUUGUUAUUUGAGCGAUGAUCACGGCUUUGUCUAGUGCCUGAAUGCUUUUUCCAAGGGUUAUUAUGAUUGCUUAGGUUCAACCCUUAACCGGGAUUUCAUUAGCUAUGUUGACAGCCAUGCUUGCUAUUGGCGAUUCAGAAUUGUCAACUCGUAGCCUUUGUUGCUUCUCUAUCACGUUUCUCAUUGCAGCCAUAUCCCGACUAAAAGUUAAUAUACAUUUUCCUGUUAUCUAGAUGUGGUUAGGGGCUUACUUUAAUGAGCUUGCCAACGUCAAGCCUUGAGUCUGCAGAAUAGAAGCACGCUUUGCUGUUUCUAACCCAUCUUUGAUAUUGCUAAUUGUGGGCUUCAUUGCUAUAGUGAUUAUGAUAAACUCUUAUGUGCAAUCCUACCAUCUGCACUAGCAAUUACUCAGGCUGAAAAAUGGUUCUCAGCUUUCUAAUUCCUUGCCUCUUCCUUUAUAAUCAUAGUCAUAGAAUAAGAUACUUUUAGCAUAUUAAUUUUUUAUUAUCUCAAUUUUAUAUUAGUUCCUUGCCUAGGUUGAUUUGUUCAGUUUUGUAAAACCAAGAUUGCUUCAUUUCAUUAUUAAGUCAGACACAACUGUCUUAUAUUGUACUCUGCAAACUAUUAGUUUGUUGUAUACUCAGGCAUAGUGGCUUUGUAAAUAAUGUUAUUGUUCAUGUCUAGUAGCAUGUUGCAACACUUUUCUCUCGCUUUUUCUUUUUUGGAUUUUUGCAUACAACCUCGAUGUAAUUUAUUUACUAUGCGAAACCUCCUUGCUCACGUGUUUGCAAUUCAAAACAAUGCAGUAGAACAAAGGGAAGGAAAUAAAAGAUGGAGACAAAAGAAUGGCUGUGGUGGUGUUGGGGGUGUAAGGGCUAGUGGUGGAGGAUGAGGGUGAAGAUGAGGUUGGGGAUGUGAUGAAGGGGGUGUAGCAGGAUAGAUUAUUAUACUAUUGGUGGUUGAGUAGAAACAGGGAAUGGAAGAGAAAAAUGGAGCUAGUGUGGGCAACAAUGAUGGCGGAGGAGAUGGUGAAGCAUGAAAUAGUGGUGAAAGGCGAUAAUGUAGGUUGAUUUUGGAGUGGGAAAUAAAGGUGGUUGGAAAGGAUAGCCAUGCACUUAAAGUUUGAAGUACUUAAAAUUAUAAUUUGAUUCAAUAUCUAAGAAUAUCUUUUAUGAAAUUUUCUUAUACUUGUCUUAAAUUUGGAUUUUAGAAAGGUGUUAUAAACUUUAAUUUAUAAUCUGGAGUAGUUGAGUUUUACAUCAAGUAAUUGACAACAUAGAGUAUGUAUGUACUAGUUAGUGGUAUUAGUGCAGGAGGGACAGCAAAAUAUUUUGAAGAAUUUAUUAGAAACAAUGAAAAUGGAUUUGAUGGCUGUUUGUUUGACUAGUUUAUUCUCAACAGAACACAAUAAUAGAAAUGAUCAAUUUAAUUGAUCCCAAGUUGUUGGAUGAGUCAUAUCUCUCGACUGUACUAAUUUUCCGUGACCUUUUCAUAUAAACCAUGUAUUUAUAUGCAUAUAGGAUAGUCUUGGGUUUGGAUGAUAAUGACUGUGGAUGGAUUGGGUGCUACUUCCUGUUAACAUGAAUAUAUUUGAUGAUCCUUUUUUCACUAUAAAUCUAUGACAGCAUUCAGGUGUGGUUUAUAUGCACUACCUGUUUAUGUUUCUUAUUGUUCGAUAUUCUGUUAUAAACCAAUGGAUGUUGGUAUUUUUAGAUACAUACAAGAUGCUGCACGUUAUAGAUUAGGAGAGACAUGAUUGCAUUACUCUUUCAGUUUACUUUAAUGAAAUUUUAUUUGCUCAUUUCUCAUGACAGAUUUUUUUUCUUCCCUUUUUCCCUUUUCUUUUGAUUCCUGUGCAUUGGAAAAUAGAUAUUUAUUCACAUAGACCAAGAAGAUUAUAUUGGGCUUCAGCUUGAUAUCUAAUUUAUACAAUAUUCUUUUUCACUAUAUUGCACCUGUUGAACGUCACCCUCUUGAUUAUCAAUUUGAGAUACUUUCUCUUGCCUGUCUCAUAUUACUCGUACUGUUGUCAACCACAUGGGAAAUCUUUGACUUUGAAACUCCUUUGAGCCACCAUGGCUCGUAUUGAGUUGAGAUUCUUACUCUGUAAUUCCUGUUGGCCUUUCUAUUUUCCUCAUUCCAAUGUAUCUAUGCUUCCUCUCGCGAAUGCUUUUGGCUCCUGUGCUUCUUCCACAGUUGCCUUGCGAGCUUCUUUCAGAUACCUAAGAUGCCGAGGACAAGGGCAAGUGCUGCUGCUGCCGCUACCAAUCCAGAGCCAGCGAAUCCAGCUGAGCCUGAGGAACAGGUUGCUCUUGAUGACCCUGAGGAAAUGAUGGAAGAAGAGGUUGAGUAUGAAGAAGUUGAGGAGGAAGUAGAAGAGGAGGAAGAGGAAGUUGUCGAGGAGGAGAUUGAGGAGGAGCUUGAAGAGGAGGAACAAGAAACAGAUGUUGCUAAUGGAAGUAAUGCUGGUGAUGCAGCUGGUGGUGAUGCUAGUAUGGUAGAAGGUGAAAAGGAUGACGAUGAGAGUAAGAAGCAUGCAGAGCUCCUUGCACUCCCUCCUCAUGGAUCAGAAAUUUAUGUUGGCGGCAUACCUCAUGAUGCAUCAGAGGAAGAAUUGAGAAGCUUUUGUGAGCCAAUUGGAGAGGUGACCGAGGUUAGGGUGAUGAAAGCAAAGGAUUCAACAGAGAAUAAAGGUUAUGCUUUUGUUACCUUUAAAACUAAAGAGUUGGCUUCAAAAGCUAUUGAAGAACUAAAUAACACCGAAUUCAAGGGUAAAAAAGUGAAGUGUUCGACAUCUCAAGUUAAACAUCGGUUGUUCAUAGGUAAUAUUCCUCGAAAUUGGGCGGAGGAUGAUUUGAAAAGAACUGUGACAAGUAUUGGUCCUGGUAUAAUUAAAGUGGAGUUACUGAAGGAUCCACAGAACUCUUCUCGUAACCGGGGUUAUGCUUUCAUCGAGUAUUACAACCAUGCAUGUGCUGAAUACUCGAGAAAUAAGAUGUCAUCUCCAAAGUUCAAGCUGGAUGCAAAUGCACCAACUGUGAGCUGGGCUGAUCCUAGGAGUGGGGAUUCCUCUUCUAGUUCUCAGGUAAAGGCUAUUUAUGUGAAGAACUUGCCAAAGAAUGUGACACAAGAACAGUUGAAGAAGUUAUUUGAACACCAUGGUGAAAUCACGAAGGUGGUACUGCCUCCGGCAAAGCCUGGACAUGAGAAGAGAUAUGGUUUUGUGCAUUUUAAAGAGCGCUCAAUGGCCAUGAAGGCACUCAAGAACACAGAGAAAUAUGAAAUUGAUGGUGAUGUUCUCGACUGUUCACUAGCAAAGCCUCCAGCAGACAAUAAAAAAGUUGAAGCAGGAUCAAGCGCUCAAAAAGCUGCUUUGCUGCCAAAUUAUCCUCCUGGGAUUGGAUAUGGUGUUCUCGGAGGUGCUUAUGGUGCUUUAGCUCCAGGGUUUGGACAGUCUAUGGUUUAUGGAAGGGGACAGACACCUGCUGGCAUGGCGAUGGUGCCGAUGAUCUUACCUGAUGGACGCCUUGGAUAUGUAUUGCAACAACCUGGAGUGCCUGUGGCUUCACAGCAGCAUGGUGGAAACCGUGGAGGCAGCUCAAGCGGAGGGAAAAGCAACGACGGGGGCCGUGGGCGUAGAUUCCGACCAUACUAAUUUUUCAUGGCCCAUUCAUGGAUUGGUCACAGGAGCUCAACAUGGAUUCCUUGUUUACCGAUGAGCAUCUUGUGUGUAGUACAUUAGUUCAACAGUAGCUAGCAUAGCUUUGUCUGUAAGCUAGGAGUUUUAAAUCAUCCAAAUUUCUGCAAGUUGUAGUCGUUUUGGAAGUUGGAUAUUCUUAAAAGUUGCUUGCGGAGAGAGGAUGAUGAUGAUUAUGGAUCCUGACAGUUGGGUGUUUAUGCUUCAUUCUGAUGUGUUAUUUCUGUUGGUUUUA